CUUUUUACAACUGUUCAUACUAAAAGGCCGGCAGAUAAAUACAUUUUACUAAAGUUGAUGUGGACAAAACUAGUUAAAAGAGUUUUUAAUUGGACGUGAGAAAGAUAGUUUCCCGAAAUAGUUAUAAUUAUUUAAAAGUGGUUUUAGAUCAUCAUGAGUUUAACGGACAUUUCGAAAAAAUUCACGGAAGCCACCUGUGAGGAAAUUAUCAAAAAAGCUGGCGGCACCAAGUACACUUCGUACAAAUUUGGAAAAGGUUUCAAAAAGGGAGACUCUUAUUUGAGUAAAGUAUUUCGUUUGUGUGUUUAUGGCAUUAAUGAAACAACUGGCGAAAAUGUCGAAGUUAAUCUUAUAGUUAAGGGUAUGCCGGAUAAUAUGGCUCGCCGUAAGGUUUUUCGUUCAGCCGACUUUUUCCGCAAUGAAAUUAAUUUCUAUUUAAAGGUUGUUCCCGCUUGGGAAGCAUUCCAAAAGAAACGCAAUCCUAAAAAUCCAUUCAAUGAUUAUCCCAUUUGUUAUGCCACCCAUUGUGAUGGUGAAAAUGAUUUUGUUGCUUUACAAGAUGUCAGCUUUUUGGGUUACGGUGCCCCCAACCGUCAGGAUUACAUAUCGUUAGAGGAGUGUCUGUUGACCAUGCGUACCAUGGGUAGAUUCCAUGGUAUUUCUUUGGCAUUCCAGGCUUUAGAGCCAAAAGAAUUCGAAAAAGUGGCCAAAUGUUUGGAGGAAACCUACUACUGCGAAUCAAAUCGCAAAUGGUAUAUAGAUUUUCUAAAGUUGGCCUGUUCGGUAGCUCAAGAUGCUAUAACAAAAACAUUUCCCAAUACUAAUUAUGAAACAAUUACCGGAAAUUUUCUACAGGAAACCCUUUACGAUGAUCUAAUUAAUUUAGUGUCAACCAGAUCUAAACUCACUGUUUUUGGUCAUGGUGAUUGUUGGACACCUAAUUUUCUAACACGCUACAGUGCUGAUGGUAAGGCAGAAGGCAUUAAAAUAAUAGACUUCCAAUUGGCUCGCGUGGCUUCCGUUGCUGUUGACAUAUCAUUCUUCAUUUAUUCCUGCACUAGUCAAGCUCUUAGAGAGUCUCAUUAUGAGGCUCUGUUGAAAGCUUAUCAUGAAAGUGCCAGCAAUAUUAUCAACGAUUUGGGAGCAGAUGCCGAAAAGGUUAUGUCUUGGCAAGAUUUGUUAGAUGAAUUAAAAGAAUUUGGUAGAUUUGGUUGUGGUAUGGGUAUUGAAUCAUUGCCCAUGUCUCUGAUAGAAGAUGAUGAAGUUGCUGAUUUGGAUGAAAUAACCGAAAAUUCAGUAUUAACCGAUGUAUGGAAUAUUAAACCUUUCGAGGAGCCAGCAAAAAGGCAACGUAUUGCCGAAAUAUUCAAACAUGCCAUAGAUCAAGGUUAUAUUAAGUAAACAUUUUAAUUUAUGUAAACAAUUAAACAAAUUUU